AUGAAGAACAUGGUAAAUCGUCUAUUUUCUCGUUCCUCUGCUCCCCAGCGCUAUACUCGCCCACGCAGGAUUCCCCUUGUGGACGUUUUUGCGACACAGGGUAAAUAUCGCACCGCUAAUACCAGUGGAAAAGGGCAUUUGUUGGUGCAGCCACGACAUCCUCCUCGCCAGCAAGCCCACGCUGGUGCCUCAAUCAGCAGCACUCCACCAACAGGGACAUCAAAUGUGAUUGACGGAGCCACCCCAGCAACGUUGCAGAUCGGAAGCACCAGUACUGUGCAGCUACUAGUAACAGACCCCCUUCCAUUGGACGUUGAAUAUGUUCCAGACUCAUCGGCUGUUUUGCAGUUCUCAUAA